GCCUGCUUCUUUCUCAUCAACUUCCAUCAUCAUGGCGACCAAACGGUUUAGAGAAGCUCUUCAAGAACCUUUCAUGGAAGAAUCUAGCAAGAAUCAAAGUUUUCUAUAUUAUUAGGUAACGUCAAGGCACCAAGAAGAACACUCGCACUGGCUAUGUUCAAAAGAAGCACGACUCAUGAAGAUGUGGAACGGGCGCAGCGAUCACCUUUUAACCUUCAGCCCGUCUCUUUAGCAAUCUCUCAACUGAAAAUCCUGGUACCGACUACAACCUGCGAAUAUCACUUCCACCACACAUCCGAGCACGAUAUAUAUACUCGGUAGCGUCCGAUACCAUAGUAGAGCUCGAUAUUGGCCAUUAAUAGACAAGAUGAUGCGCCAUUCCAAGCUUUGAGGCCCGAAGCCUUCUUGUACGGUUUCGAUUCCCGUUCGCGUCUUUUCUCCGCCCUUCAUCUGCACGCAGUCGAGGUAAACCUCGCCUUCAAACGUGGCCACGCUCGAAACAAGAAGCGGAUAUAUUUCAGUGAUUAAUGGAUGGUUGGCGUGGACUGAACGCUCCUGUCGGAGGAGCGGUGUGCGAAGACGAUUUGAUACGAUUCCUUUACGGAGACGCCGCUACCAGCGAGCAUAGCCUUGGGUAUGCCGUCCUAAAAUCUCAGCGCUCUCGUCAAUGGCUAUCAUCUAUACGCUCGUGCGGGCAGCUGUUGGUCGGUAAUGCCUGAAGAAAACCGGGAAACUUGGAAGGUACUCGCAUCGUGAAGGAAGAGGAACCUAUUAAGUUGCAUCAGCGGAGGAGAUCGGGCGUCUGCUAUGCAUUCAUCGCAUUAAUGAAGCGUCGAAACGUUGUGACUAAAACAUUGCUGCAGAAAUCUCCGUAUCUUCCACUGCAUUCCACGAGAAGGAAGUCAUAAGUGCAGACGAGAUCGAGGCUAUCCGGUGUCCAGUCAGCAAUUUUGAAGGUGACCAAUAUGUGUUCGGCCGUUCGUCUGGGGUUUCUACCAUCGUCGAUGAUUCUUGCAAAAUUGGUCAGGGAAGGCGUUGAACAUGGAAAGAACACAAGCCACCUUUUUCAUGGGGGUAGAAUAGCAUGUCUAGUGAAAAACCAUCGGUAUCCAAGUCAAAGGCUUUCCGUCGGUGAGGAAGGGAACUAAACAGCUACUACGAAGAUUGCGCAUACCUUUGACAAGUUCUUGCGGUAAGGGUUCGAAGGGGC